GGAGAACUGAAAGCGAAACCGGGAAGCAAGCAGUGCUGCAGAAAACUGAGAGCCACAAAAUUCAAAUUACAAACCUCGAAUCGGCUUUUUAUGGCUUAAAGAUAAAGACUAUCAUCAACCCUGAGAAAAACAAGCAGGUAAAUGUGUUUGUUCUUCAGUUUUUUUUCUCUUUUGCUCGAGGAUUCGUGAGUCGUCUCUCAGUGUUAUGGCUGCUGUAAAUCGCUGCUGUGGGAACUAAACCUUCUAUCUCCAUUUUUGUUUCUCCUUUGUGUCUUGUAUCUCCAUUCGUUUUUCAGUUUUUGACUGAUAAAUUGAUCGCUUGAAAAUGCCUGUGUGCCCGUUGCACAUAGUGUGUAAAUUUCAUGAAGAACGGACCAAAAGAAACGGCCCAAUAUGAUUUGGAAAACGUCUGGUUCCAUUGACUUUCAUUAGAAGUAAAGUAGGUUUAUUCCUUCUCCUGUAAAGUGACCACUUUGGAGAUACGAGGUUUUGCUUCGACAACAGUGAUUGAUUCAUAUUUCAGUAAAUGAACAUGAAAGACUGAAACAUGCUGUAAAAUGAUGAUUUAUGGGGGAAAAAAUUGCUGAUGUAUCUGCUGGUGUCAGUGUUUCUCCUCAGUCAGUCAUGGCCUCCUCCAGCACUCUUCUGUCUGAAGAGCAGUUCCAGUGCUCUAUCUGUCUAGAUGUGUUCACUGACCCAGUCUCCACUCCAUGUGGACACAACUUCUGAAUGGCUUGUCUCAGCAAGUGCUGGGACAACAGUCAGAACUGCCAGUGUCCGUUAUGUAAGGAGGAAUUCCCCAGAAGACCAGAGCUUCGUGUCAAUACAUUCAUCUCUGGUAUGGUUCUUCAGUUGAGAGAGUCACUUCAGGCAAAAUCCCACAGUUGUUCAAAGGAACCUCCUGCUGAGCUUGAAUAUGUGCCAUGUGAUGUCUGCACUGAUCCCAAAGGGAAUGCUGUAAAAUCCUGUCUGGACUGUGGAAUGUCAUUCUGUGACAUGCAUCUGGAGCAUCAUAAAAUUGCAGCUAAACUCAAGAAACAUAAGUUGAUCAAUGCUGUGAAGAACCUGGAGGACUAUAUGUGUCAGAAGCAUGACAGAGCUGUAGAACUGUACUGUAGAGAUGACCAAAAUUGUGUGUGUCUGUUCUGCACUGAGGGUGACCACAAGACUCACAACACUGUUCCCAUAGAAGAGGAGAGUGGACAGAGGAAGGCUCAGAUUAAGGAAACACAGGCACACAUUCAGAAGAUGAUCCAGGACAGAAUGAAGAAGAUUGAGGAGCUCAAACAUGCUGCAGAGCUCAAGAAAAAAAAUGCAGAUAAAGAAAAAACAGGCAGUAUUCAAGUCUUCACUGCUCUGAUUUCGACCAUUGAGAGAAUCCAAGCUGAGCUGCUUGAAAUGAUGGAGAAGAGGCAGAAAGCAACAGAGAUACAGGCUGAAGGGCUCAUUAAAGAGCUGGAGAAGGAAAUCACUGAGCUAAAGGAGAGAGAGACCGAGCUGGAGCAGCUCUUACACACUGAGGACCAUCUCCACCUCUUACAUAUCUGUCCAUCCACCACUUUAUCCAACCUUCCAAACACCAGGAACUGGACCAAGAUCGAGAUCAACACUGACUGGAGUACAGAGGGCCGGAGGAAAGCUCUGCUUCAGCUUCAGCAAUUGGUUAGCGAGGAAAUAGAGAAGAUGUCUGAAAUAAUGUCCAAAGAAGAAAAAACGCAGGGGCGGCCAUGUUUUGCAGCAAUGUGUUCUUUAUUCACUACACCAGCAGAAAGGCACAUACAGAUCACUUUAACCCAGAAGAAGGUCACCGCUAGCCCUAUACUUCACCCCAACGAUUUGGAAACUCAAAGAGCAGAGAUCACAGCUCUGCUUCAAACUCUGCUAUUGGAAGGAGACACUUGGUACUUGGUAGACAGUUGUUGGUUUAAACAGUGGAAGAAAUAUGUAGGCUUUGACAGCUGGGACAAGUGCAGUGUAGGAAUGAAGAAUGUUUACCCUGGACCAGUGGACAACUCAGGUCUCCUACAAGAUACAGAUUCACACUCCAUCAAGAAUCAUCUAAUUGAUGAGCUGGACUAUAUCCUUCUGCCCACAGAGGGAUGGUGUAAAUUAAUCAGCUGGUAUGGACUGGCUGAGGGUCAGAAGCCAAUUGCUAGAAAAGUGACUGUGUUUGGCAUGUUUGUUAAGCACUGCAAGGUGGAGGUCUACCUCACUGAACUGAGAUUGUGUGAAUACAGUGAUAUGGACAAUAUCAUUGAGAGGUCCUUCAGCAAAGCAGACACAGUAGCCUCUAUUGAAAAGGAAAUGCGCAAUUUGUUUGGCAUUCCAGAUGAGAAGAUGACCAGGCUGUGGAGCAAAUACAUGAGUAAUACAUUCAAGCCUCUGAACCAAGCAGUUAGAGUUACAGUUAGUGAGGCUGGAUUGUAUCAGGGACAGGUUCUGAUUAUAGAACAGAAGAAUGAAGAUGGAACAUGGCCUAGAAUAACAGGAACAAACACAUCUCCUAGAUCAAACCUUAAAAAUAUUAAUUGAGCUCAAAAAGAUUGUUUUAUAGCAGGGGUGACUGAUUAGGGUUGGAGCAAAAUUUUGUAAGAUGAUGGAGAAGCUGGUGUGAUCAGUGUAUAGAGUAGAAACUGAUUCCUCCACACUGCAUUUGAAAAUACCAAGCACAAAUAAGCGUUAUUUUAAUUAAGAUAGAAAUAAAAUGUGAUUGUAGAGUGUUUUUGUUUGAAAUAUCUUAUUACAUUUGAUCAUUUAUUAUAAGCAUUUUGGAAUCAAUGCUUAAUGUAGUGCUAAUUUGAUUCAGAUUAUUUAUGUACAAGAAAUAAAAAAAAUACAAACAUUAAACCUCAUCAAAGUAGCAAGAAAAGCACUUAAUUUACUUUACACAGAUUUUGGAUUCACAGUUGUCGAUCGUAUAAAGUCAAUUUUAUUGCAGAUACUUGUAGAAAAUGGUUAUGAUAUGAUAUUAAUAAUCUUUAGGUUUUGGACUAUUUGUUGGAAACUAAAAAUGAAUACAUUUUCAAUAUUGAAUGGAGGUGUACUGUGAAAUAAAGGUUUGUCAGUUCAGCCUAAAAAAGGCCUCAUGUGGUAACAAACAAUUGAACUAGUUUUAUUUAACUUAAAGAAUUUGACUUAAAGAAUGAUUCAUUCAAAGUAUUUAUUUAGACUGAGUAGAAUUUGUCGACUCACUUGUUAUCAUCUGCCCUGUGAUGGACUAGCAUCCUGUCCCUGCACCAGAGAGAUAAGCAGCUUAGAUAAUGUGUGUGUGUGUGUGUGUGUGUGUGUGUGUGUGUGUGUGUGUGUGUGUGUGUGUGUGUGUGUGUGUUUGUCACAUGAAGUAUUUUUUAGGUUGAACUUUAGGUUGACAAACCCUUUUUUAGUGUGUAUAAGAUUCCCUAAUAACUGACAAUUCAUUCAUAAUUGUAACGUAAUACUUUUUUUAUUAUAAGCAGAAUGCCUAUUGAAAUUCAUCUGAUGACAAGAAAUGACUCUAAACAGAUAAUAGGCUAUAUUUAAUUAUAUCUACUAUUUUAUUAACACAUCAUAAAUUCUUGCAUGUCCCAAAUUACUUUAAAUUGUGACUAAAACCAUCAGAUGAGUCCUUGCAAUGAAAAACGUAUAUAAACGUAUAAAAAAAAGUAUAUUUGCAACUUUGUGAAAAAAUCAUAUAAUCAAGGGGUCACUAAAAUGUCCGUAAAGCAUAGUUGGGCUAUUUUAAUAUAAAAAAUAAAACAAGCAAGCGAAAGCAUACUGAGUCUAUGAAGUAAUCCUUAUAUAAAUAAAACACAUAGGACGCAACACAUAGAACACAGCUAAACACGCUCUGACACUGACGGUGUUUGUUAGGCACUUGUUUUGUCUUAAAUCUCUAUUUCAGUUUCCUCAGAUCACCAGCUGAACCCAGUGAUCAGAGUCUUGUAUAUACACCUAUUGUCUUGGGGUUGUGUAAUCAGUUUUAUCAUGAACUACAGCCUGAACCCCACCAGGGCUGAAGUAGUGACACUAUCAUUUUACAAACAUUUACAUCUGUAUUCUUUGUCAUCACCAAUGGGCUUUCUGGAUAGCAAAUUAGAGAGAAGACAUACUUCAUGGGCUCACCCCCAACUCUUCUCCACCAAACAUCUUUCCUCACACAGCUCUGGGAUUUUUCACACACUGCUCUUAUUGAUCAGUCUAAACAAACUCUGUCAGGGUAUUCAAUAAAGGUGAGGAGACAAUAGAUCAUGCCGUGUGGAAAAAAAAACAGUACAGGACAGUACAGGCAUUUUUAGCAACAGCUGGCUAAGACUAUUCAUGAAAAUGCGCUGAAUCCAAUGUAAUUCAAUGAAUGCAGGGUAAAAAAAUAAUACAUAAUAUUAAAUAUAUUGAUCACAAAUAGAAGCAUUGCAAACUACCCAAGGACAGUAUCUGGUGUGCAUGCGAUAAUUUCUAUGAGUAUGCACUGUUCACUUAAUAGUGUCUGCAGCUCACCAAAUAAUAUCUAGUGCACAUGCAACUACAUCUGUGAGUAUCUAGUGUUCAUGUGAUAAUAUUUAUUAGUAUCUGUUUUCAAAAAAAUGGCAGCACAUAGCUACACAAAUGUUGAUAUGGUGACAAUGCUACUGGAUUAUCAGAGGAGAGCUUUAGCAGCACGCAAAAGGCAGAAGGAUGCUCUAUAAUAUUUUUUUGUUUGGAGUUCAACAAUGAGAUGUUUGGCAUCCAAGGCUCCUAGCGGUUUAUUUUACCAUUGCGAUUGAUGGCAGAAGUUUGGAAAAGUGAACUCUUGAUGGAACGUUUCACUGACCACUGAGGUCUGUGGAACAUGGCUGCUCCAUCACAUCUUCUUUGAAAACAAUGGAACUAUUGCUGGGUUUCUAUCGUGCAUCUGUGUGAUAAUAUCUAUUGGUAUGUGGUACGCACACAAUAAUAUCUAUUAGUAUGCAGCGCUCUCCUAACACUAUCUUGUGCACACAAUAAUAUCUAUUUGUAACUGGUGCAUGUGAUCAUAUCUAUUAGUAUCUUGUGCACACACAAUAAUACAGUGACUCUGUAACCAGCUUUGUGGUCUUAACUGUAUGGCCGAAUACUGAGUGGGGGGCAUCAUGUUUACAGGUGUAUUGUACAAGUGCUUCAUUUUAGUAAUGAGCUCUGGUGCUUAAUUAGAGAAAUUGAUUGCACUACAUAAUUGGACCAGAGCCACUAAUGCCCUCUCAUGAUGUAACCACUGCCUACAUCAGUAUGUGCAGUUUAGUGUUUUUCUGCUGUUAAACAGCAUCAUUUCAAAAGAUCAAUGUAAUAAAAGGCUUGUAAGUUGAAUUCCAAGUUCUAAGUGCAGGGAAAGCUCUGUGAUAUAGACUUUUUACUGUCAUGCGCAAAAGUGCAAUGAAAUUUUUAUUUGCAUGUUGUUUUCCCCAGAUUUUUACAAUUACAAUGACGCUGCAUUACAAUAACAGUAUGCAAUAGUAAAGAUAACCUAGAACAUUACAUGCAGUUAGUACACGGCACAUAAAGUAGGCAUGUUUAACAUGCUGAACAAGAACUUUGCCUGAAAGUCAAACAAGAAGUGUUUGUUUGUUUCUUUUCCUUUUCAACAUGCAUUUGAGGUAAUAUGCACAGAGGGACUCUUCGCCUAGAUCAACACUCCUGUGCUGGGAUUAUUAGAAAAACAAGCCCUGAAGUCAAUAAUGAGCGCGGUUGACCACUAGGUGGAACACUAAGUAAACACAUCCAUCCCAACUGCCUUCACACACUGUCCCUGAAGCUGUAGUCAGUUUAUUUGUUAUUAUCUGUACACACUGAUGUACAAAACGUUCAUUUGAGAAAAGUGAAUGAUUAAAAAGAGUCAAUUUACAAUGACUGUGAAUAAAACAUAAAUACAAACCAAA